CUCAAAAAAACCUAGAUUGGAAAGAAAAAUAAUUGCACCAAUAAAAGUCUAUUCUUUCUCUCUUUCACUCUCAGCUCAGCUUCACAUGUUCUUAUAUCUUUUCCUUCAUCAUUGAAACCCCACAAAACUCAAAAAUAAUCAAAAUAUUACUGUAAUUAAUAUAAUUUCAGCAAUCCCAAACUCCCUUCACACUCUGACAUUCUUCAGAUCUUCAAUUUUUUAAUUUUUUGGGAUUUGAGAUUUACCCUUUUUAAUUCACUAAUUAAAUUACUGAUUUAAGCUUCUGGGUGUCUUUGUUUUAACCAAAGAUUCAAUCUUUUUGAUAUUCUAAUUAGUGGGUAUAUCACAUUUCUGCUUUAUUUCUCCAGAUUUCAUUGAUAUUUUUUAAUUAAUUUUUUUUGAAUGAUUUUUGUGGGUCAUGAUCUCAUCAUAAUUAACUUUCUCUAUCCUCCCAUCCCUUUCUUCUCCUCUUCUGUUUGUCACUGUAGGAAGAGAGAUACUUUUGUAGGGUUGUUCAAAAUAUUGAAAUUUGCUGAUUUUUGGGGCAAAAAAAUUGAAUUGUAAUUUUUGAAGAAAUUUUGAAGGGUGAUGAGGUGAAGUGGGAUCAAGGUGAAUCAAUUGAUGGACCGCCGGAGUUGGCUAUGGAGGAGGAAGUCGUCGGACAAGAGUCCGGGGGCCGAGACCGAUAGCUCGGUAUCAGGAUCAGGAUCACUAUCAUCUCCUUCUGAGAGGUUUUCAGAUGAACAUCAGGAAUCUCCAAAUCAAAAUACACAAUCACCAGAAGUUACCUCGAAAGUUGCACCACCUGAUGAAGAUGCCAAUGAUGGAGUGAAAAUUUUGACUGAGAAGCUAUCUGCUGCUAUUGCAACUAUCACUGCAAAGGAGGAAUUGGUGAAGCAGCAUUCCAAAGUUGCAGAGGAAGCUGUUACAGGUUGGGAAAAGGCUGAAAAUGAGGUAGUCACUUUAAAGCAGCAACUUGAUAUUGCAACAAAGAAAAACUCGUCAUUUGAGGAUAGGGUAGUCCACCUUGAUGGGGCUCUCAAGGAGUGCCUGAGGCAGUUGCGACAAGUGCGAGAAGAGAAAAAUGAGAAGGUUCAGGAAGCCAUUUCUAAGAAAUCACAGGAUGCAGAGGCCAAGUCUGAGCUGGACAUUGAGAUGUCUGAUCUUCUUGCACAACUUGAAACUGCAAAUGCUAAGGUGGAAGCUGCUGCCUCUUUGGAGUCCGAUCUUCGCCUCAAAUUGGGUUCUGUAGAGACAGAAAAUGCUUCUUUGCGCCAGGAACUUAAUUCUCGAUUAGAAGAGUUAAAAAUAAGGACACUUGAGAGGGAUUUAAGCACAAAAACAGCGGAAACAGCCAGUAAACAGCACUUAGAGAGCAUAAAGAGAGUUGUUAAACUUGAGGCUGAAUGCCGUAGGUUAAAAAACAUGGCUCGUAAAGUAACUUCAUUUAAUGACUCUAAGUCAUUCAAUGACAGCCAAUCAGAUAGUGGAGAAAGGUUAAAUGAAUGUGAGUUGAGCCGUUCAGAUUCAUGGUCAUCUGCUCUUAAAAUUGAGAAAGGCCCCUUGAAAUCCCACAUGCCCCCUUCAUCUGAAAUUGGUCUCAUGGAUGAUUUCCUAGAGAUGGAGAAGCUAGCAGCAUUGCCGGAAAGUGAAAAAAGAAGCCGCUCUCUUGGACCUGCAACCUCGAGAGACAAACAUAGUACAAAUGAUAGCUCCCCACUUAAAUCGGAACUUGAUGCCAUGGUAGGUAGAAUAGCUGAACUUGUGGAGAAGAUUGAGAUUGUUGAAUCAGAAAAGGUACAUUUAGCUUCGGCAUUAUCUCAAUGCCAGAAUAAGUUGAAGAUUUCAGACGCUCAGCUGAGCUCAUGUCAGAAUCAACUAAAGAUAUCACAAGCACAGCUAAGAGAAACGAAUAAAAAAUUAGGAAUGUUGCAGGCUGAGUUAGAUUUGGCAAAUGAAUUGAGACAGGCAAUUGAUCUAGAGCUCGAUGAUGCCAAUGUAAGAAGGGAAGAGGCCGAGUCCCAGCAUAGAGCGAUUGAGGAUGAGAGAGAAAUGCUGCUGUCUAAAGUCAGGUUUCUGGAGGGUGAGAUUGAAAAAGAGAGGGCAUUAUACGCAGACUCUUCAGAAAAGUGUCGGGCUUUGGAAGAUGAACUUUCUAGGAUGAAGCAUGAUUACGACAAAUGGCAAAGCCAGUUAGCAUCUAUGAAUGAAUCAAAGGAGGCAGCUGAGCAAGAGCUUUUGAGCACAACAGUAAUGAAAGAAGCAGCGGAAUCACAACUUAAAGAUGUAAAUUCUGAGGCUAAAUCCUUGCUUGCUAAGAUUGGUUCCUUGGAGAAAGAGGCUGAAAAGGAGAGACAGUUGUCAGCAGAGUUUAGUGGUAAGUGUAAAUUGUUAGAGAAUGAGCUUUCAAGAAUGAAACAUGAUGCUGAAAGCUGGCGAAGUCAAUUAGCUUCAGCGAAUGGAUCAAAAGAAGCAGCUAAUCGAGAGCUUCAGAUGACAAAUGCAAAGAAAGAAGAAGCAGAGUCACAACUUAAAACCAUACUUGCCAAAGUUGGUACAUUAGAGCAUGAGGUGGAAAAAGAGAGAGCAAUGUCUGCCGAGUUUGCUGCUAAGUGUAGGAAGUUAGAACACGAACUUACAAAAAUGAAGUCUGAAGCUGGCUGUCAGCUUUCACCAAUCUCAAAAGAUGAGUUGGAUAAACAGCAGGAAAAGGAGCUAGCUGUUGCUGCGAAUAAAAUGGCUGAGUGUCAGAAGACAAUUGCAUCACUUGGAAAUCAACUGAAGUCCCUCGCAGCACUUGAAGAUCUCUUCUUGGAUUCAGAGAAGCUAUUGGAGGUCUCUGAAAAAGAGUCACCGCUUCAAAAUGAUGUAAAACCAGAUACAUUAUCUUCUGAUACUGCUCUUAAUACUUCAACAUUGAGCAAAGAGGAUGACGCGAAGUUAGCAAAAGAUGAUGCUAAAGCUGGCAUGUCAUUAGACAGGCGGGACAAACAUGGGCUUGGGAAGUUUUUUUCACGAACCAAAAGCACGAUUAAAAGCUAGGAAUUCACAAGAGUGAAUUUGAAGAGGCGAAAUAACCUCUUAGGUAGUGUUGACUUCAAGCCAGUGCCACGGAUUAGUACAUCAUUACAUUGUGUACAGGCAAUUUAUAUAAACUUUUGUAACUUUGUUGAUCCACAUUUAUGAUUGGCAAAGUAUAAAGAAAGUUUUGUACAUCUCUAUAUUAUUUUGGCUAAUUAGCACGCCCUGGUAAUUAUAAUACAAGUCAAGUUUUGCAGAUGCAGCAAUUCAGUUAAAACGUUUUGUUUAAAAUGUGUUAGUAUUUGCAGAAAAUGAAACUUCCUGCCUGUCUUCUCCCUCA